UGGAGUAUAUGGUCUCAACAUCAACGCAAUGUUUGGUAGUUAGCAUCACAUUACCCACAGGCCUUUCUCGCCUCAAUUGUUAUACCGAAUUGGCUUCUAUCGUGUUUAUACUGUCAUCGUUUAGUCUUUGACAACAUGUCGGGAAGGAAGAGAGAGCGGGCGAGCGACCGAAAUGACAGUAAGCGGGAGCACAAAAGAAGCAAAUCGAGCAAAGAAGACGACGAGAAAAUCAAGAGCCAGAUGAAGAAACUCAAUCAACAAGUGCAAAAUCUCAAACACGUCGAGACAUUCUAUGAAAAACCUCCACCAGGAUACAUUAAGGAGCACGAGGAGAAACCAGAGGACUGUAUACCCGCCGAACCCGGAAAUGAAGAGGCCCGCAGUUUCCUGGCCCACGCGCCCACCAAGGGCCUGUGGAUGCCGCUGGGGAAGGAGGUGAAGGUGAUGCAAUGCUGGAGGUGCAAGCGUUACGGGCAUCGCACGGGAGACCGGGAGUGUCCGUUUUUCAUCAAAGGCAACCAGAAGCUGGAGCAGUUCCGUGUGGCUCACGAAGAUCCCAUGUAUGACCUCAUCCGUGAAAACGAAAGGAACGAGAAAGAGAGCAGGGUGCAAAGUUUACAUCACUCUCACAAACGACAGGAUCCAGCAGCUGCAGCAACUUCUUCAGGACCCCACCUCCUCCUCUUCCUCCUCCUCAUCAUUCGACUCCGACAGCUCCUCGUCCUCAGAGCGCCGCCGCGGCAAGAAGAGGAAGAAGAAAGACAAAAAGAAAAAGGACAAGAAGAAGAAAAGUAAAAGGAAGAAGAAGCACAAGCACAAGUCCGGCAAACACAGCGACUCUGACUGACCACGCAACUCGCUCAUCACAACCUGUCGGAGGCGCUCUGGCGCUUCCUCGCGCAGCUUUGAUGAUUCCGCUCCGCACGACACCCCGACCGCCGGCUUCAGACAAGAAAAGACUCUCAGAUGUUUCACACCAUUGCAUGUCAGCAAAUAGAAUGUGUCAUUCACACAUUUUGUCUCCCCGGCCAUCUUUGAUUUCUGUGAAAACACUCAUGACUGUAAAGCCGUGGACGGAAAACCGCCACCGCAGCGCUCGCCGCGGAUUCCACACCAGAGUAAACCCUCACGACUGCACAGCAUACUUGGGAUGCUUUGAGGUUUGGGUUAUUUGCUCUGGAAAAGGCGACUCGGCGAGUCAGGAAUGUACGUGGAUGUUUCUCGUGUUCUGAGAAUAAAGACAACUUUUUCUUCC